AUGUCGAAUUCGAAAAUCCAAUCAAAAAUCCAACCCCUCUCGUGUGAACCCGGUCACUACCUAGACCUCGACAGCCAGCACUGUCGUCCCUGUAACCCUGGAUUCUUCAGUUUGGGAGGUGGUAUCAGAUACGAGGAGUUUGUCACAUUACCCAGUGGUUUCUCGGUGGAUAAUAUGGAUUCCAACCCGGAUACACAGUUUUCAAGUCAGCAAAGUCAAGUGGUGGAAUGUCCGAAAGAAGCCGGCUGGGUUUCCAAGGACGGCGAGUUGAUCUACAUACCCACUCCAUGUGUCUCCAGAUUGUCAUUUUCUGCAAACUUGGUCCGGCCAGGAUCGAUAUGA